AUGUUCACCAUGGCAUCCGAAAACUAUUUUGUUGACAAUUACUCAGUCGAUCCGACUCUGAUGUAUCCUUGCAUUGACUUAAGCUCGGAAACAGCUUCUGUAGCUGCAAAAAAAUCAAUGGAAAAAUCAAAGAGGGCCCGAACUGCUUUUACCAGUCACCAACUCAUCGAACUUGAGAGGGAGUUCCAUCUUAACAAAUAUUUGGCCAGAACUCGGCGAAUUGAGAUUUCCCAACGAUUGGGACUUACCGAAAGGCAGGUUAAGAUCUGGUUUCAGAAUCGACGUAUGAAGUCCAAGAAGUUGGCCAAUAGGAAAGUGGCCAAGGGAUCUCUGACCACAUCUACUUCUACCACCGCCCAACCAAGCGAUGAUCUUUUGGAGGACGAACUGAUCGUUGAGCGCCUCCUGCAGUAUGUAAACACAAAUGUGGAGCCAGUUCCCCAGCAGCAGGACGCUCCGUUCGUAUUUGAUGGGGGUCACAUCACACCGCCCUAUCAAGCCUACGACUACCUUCAAGAGUUUUGUCCUGCUCCAAUGGACCUUCCCCAGCUGCCCCUAAGUGAAUUCGAUUCGAAUUGGGGCAGCAAUUGGAUGGGUCUGGAAGCAACCAUCCCUGCCACAGAAAAUAUUUUAGAGCCCAAUAUCAACAAUCACGUUUAUAACACGCCAAUGUUGCAGAAUAACCUCUGGGACUCGAACAGCUCUGCUUCUGCUUCCAGUUCAUCAGAGGAUAUUCUGGAAGUGGAUUAUGAUUUCAUACAGAACUUAUUAGACUUUUAA